CCUUAAUCAAGUAGUCGCUACUUUAUAACCGGUCCCUAGAAGAGGGAGGUCUUCCCAGAAAUUUUGACAGCGGCUGUUUUCCUGCGGGCUGAGACUCUUGAGUCCUCAGAGACCUCAGACUUCGGGAGAAGGAGACACCUCUUUGCUCCGUCUCUUCACCUGAAAACCACCCUUGUAGCCCUGCAUCACCAUGGUGCUCCCCGGUGGCCUACUAACCCGCAAAGAGGAACCAGUACCCCUGAAGAGCAUCAGUGUGACCUUGUCCAUUCGUGAGUUUGUGGCUGGUGUGUCUGCUACCUUAAACUAUGAGAACAAGGAGGAAGUGCCUUUGGAGACCUUCUUUGUGUUCCCCAUGGAUGACGACUCAGCUGUCUACAGCUUUGAGGCCGUGGUGGAUGGGAAGAAAAUUAAAGCAGAAUUACAGGAGAAGAAGAAGGCCCACAGCAUCUAUGAGAGUGCCAUCAGCAACCGCCGCCAAGCUUUCCUUCUGGAGGAGGACAAGUACUCCAGGGACGUCUUCUGUUGCAAUGUGGGGAACCUGAACCCAGGGUCGAAGGUGGCGCUGACCCUGAAGUAUGUUCAGGAACUGCCCUUGGAAGCAGAUGGAGCCCUGCGCUAUGUGCUCCCGGCUGUCUUGAAUCCUCGAUACCGUGGCUCUGGAUCGUUUGAGGACAGUUGCCUUGAUAUGAAGACUCCUAUAGUUCCUUUGGAGGACCUGCCCUAUACAUUCAGCAUGGUUGCCACCAUCAGUUCCCAGCACGGCAUUGAGAGGAUCCAAUCCAACUGCCCCUUCAGUCCUAUUGAGUACCUUGGAGAAGAUAAGACUUCUGCCCAGGUUUCCUUGGCUGAAGGACACAAAUUUGAUCGAGAUGUGGAACUCCUGAUUUACUACAGUGAGGUGCAUACCCCCACUGUAUCUGUGGAGAUGGGGCAGCCUAAAGACAACCAAGUAGAUGGUUUCAUGAAAGAUCCAUCUGCGAUGGUGUGUUUCUACCCAAAUAUCCCAGAAGCUCCAUCACCAGUUAUCUGUGGAGAAUUCGUCUUCCUCAUGGACCGCUCAGGAAGUAUGCAAUGCCCCAUAAGUAAACAGGAUCAAUCUCAGCUUCGCAUAGAGGCAGCCAAGGAAACACUGAUUUUGCUGCUGAAGAGUUUGCCAUUAGGCUGUUAUUUCAAUGUCUAUGGAUUUGGAAGUUCCUAUGAGGCGUUCUUUCCGAAUAGUGUGAAAUACAGUCAGCAGACCAUGGAGGAAGCACUGAAAAGAGUUAAGCUUAUGCAGGCUGACCUGGGGGGCACAGAAAUCCUGACGCCACUCCAGAUCAUUUACAGGGAACCUUCCAUUGAGGGCCACCCCCUUCAGCUUUUUGUCUUCACAGAUGGAGAAGUUACUGACACAUUUAAUGUAAUCAACGAAGUCAAGAGAAACAGGCUGAGGCACAGAUGCUUUUCCUUUGGUAUCGGAGAAGGAGCCUCUACAAGCCUAAUAAAAGGCAUUGCCCGGGUGACAGGCGGCACGUCAGAAUUUAUCACAGGCAAGGACAGGAUGCAGUUCAAGGCUCUUAGGGCCCUGAAACGUGCUUUACAGCCUGCGGUAGACGAUGUUUCUGUGAGCUGGAACUUGCCUCGUGGCCUGUCUGCUAAAAUGCUUUCACCAGAACAGACUGUCCUCUAUAAGGGUCAGAGGUUAAUCGUCUAUGCCCUUUUGAGUGGGACCAUGCCUCCAGCAGAAGCGACCGGAGAAGUCGACCUCAAGUACACACUCCAGGGCAAGAGUUUUGAGAACAAGGUGACAUUUGCUCUACAACCCAAGCCUGAUGACAACUUCACCAUUCACCGCCUUGCUGCUAAGUCCUUUCUCCAGACCAAGGACAUGGGCUUCAGGGAUACUCCAGCAAAAGAUAAAAAAGAUGUGCUAAAAAUCAGCAUUGAUUGUGGAGUCAUAAGCUCCCAGACAGCCUUCAUUGCCGUCAAUAAGAAUCUCAACAAACCAGUUCAGGGGCCCCUGACUCGUAGAGAUGUUCCAAGGCCAAUGCUGUUUGGUGCAGCUUUAAUGAUGCCACAAUACGAGGGAUGUGCUCUUCCAAAAGCCAUGUCCUCCUGCCCUCUUCCUACGACUCAGUCCACACGGACCAGUCAUUACAAGGGACUAGACGGAACCGAUGUUCUUGGUCAUAGACUAAAGAAGAAAUGCAUGUUUCUCAAAAAGGCCUCUCCUCAGAUGGAAAGGGCUCAUUCUCCUACCAGUAGGAUGAACUUGGAAACUCACUGUACAGUCUUUGGAGAUAAUCAUCUUGUGCAGCUGAUUUCCCUCCAGAAUGCAGAUGGUUCCUGGUAUCUGGAUGAAAAUCUGGCUGAGAUUCUAGGUAAAAGUUUGGAAGACCUACUGGCUGCAGUCCCUGUCAAGGAUGCAGAUUCCUCAAGCUGGGCCACAGUUCUGGCAUUGGUCUGGCUGCAUUCCAAUGCUAAGGAAAUGAAGGGUGAGUGGGAACUUCUGGAAAAGAAGGCCAGAACCUGGAUCCACAUCCAUGCAGCCUCCAUCAUGCAAGAGCUUGUGAAAGCUGCUAUUGCUUUUACCAAGUCAUCCGUGGACCCCUCCAUCUUUGCCCUCUGAGGAGACUGUCCAGAAAACAAGUGCCUCUCCCAUGCUACCGCCCUUUCCUUUAUGCUCUCCUGCUAUAGUGUAUUUUUGUAUUUUACCCCUAUCCUAUCAGUUUCUUGCCGUAAAAGUGAAGGAUGCCCACACAAUCUUGCCUCUCUAUUCCACUUUCCCCAGCAUGUACCCUCAGCCCAGCAUCAGUGGUCCCAGGACCUGUUCCCUUUCUUGGAGGGAUUUAAAGCCUUCAUAGGCAGUAACAUUCCUCCCGGGUUUUCCAGAGUGACCACAUGUAAAACAGGUGGCACAGACUCCACACCCGAGGGUACAGCACUGAUGUUAGGGAUGCCUGAGUGAGGGAAUGCUGUGCCUUAUAUUUAUCUAUUCCUUUUGAUCUUAUAUACUUAUCAGGACCAGACAGGGGAGCUAUCCAAUUUUCUAUUCUAAGAUAAGAUGGAGAAUUGGAGGGGAGGUUGAAAGCCAACAUCGGGGUCAAUACAACCUCAAGAUCACAGAGAGGGAGACUCUAGGGGUCCACUGUGAGAGAUGGCACACCUGGCGGCCUUCCUGGUUGAUUCUGCUUGGAUUUCACUAGCCAAUACUGCAUGCUUUCCCUCUCACUGCCUACGGGACUGGAUUCAAUCAUACCUGUUGGAUACAGAUGUUUCUCCUGAAUUGUUUAACAUCUUAGUAAGAAGGUGAUAAUGAAAUCUUUAGUCCUGGCCUGAACCCAUGAGGCCUCUAAGUAGGGCUCUGAUCUGUAAUAAAGAAAAAAGUGGAUUUAAAGGCAGCUUUGCCUGAGACCUGAGCCUGGAUCACUCAGCCCAUGAGGAGGAAAGGAAGUCCCCAUGAUUCUUUCUGACCUUUGUCCUACAGACUCUAUCCUAGCAGAAAUGACCUGUUUGAUGUGCUGUCCCCAAAAAUAUGAUUGUAUCAAUAUUAAAAUGAUUAUAUCUACACUGCA